CAGUGUUUGCGUGGAGUGAAGUUACGGAGCCGGUGUUUAUCGGGUGACUUUCAUUCAUCGAGGCAGUCACGAAUAAACUGCGGCUGCAGCCGGAACGCGUGUUAAACACCUAUUGUUUCCUUAGUCGUUCUGUGCAGAUACGAAUGUAAAAACACAUCAGAAUGUGCGCAGUGAAGAGAACCAGCAUUUUCGAGCGAUACAAUUGAACUCUGAAUUCCAAAACAGCACAAUUAGCGCAGCUAAACAGUUUCGUUGGUUUUACGGGAAAAAUGUUUCGAUUGCUUCCUCGUGGAAGAAUUUCGUUCCGUUCGCUAUUUUGUUCCACGAGAGUGUGCAGCUUGAUGAACUUUCAUUUCUUCAACGGACGAUUAAGAAUCAAGUUGAUUAACGAUCUUUAAUUAUAACUUUACCGCCGGCAUCUAGACGGAAAGAAAGAAAACGGAGACGCUGCUCCCUUGUGAUUUCCGAAAGACGUCUCCGACAUUGAAGGACGGCAGCAGUUAGCGAAGAUGUUGCGCGCGGAGGCGGACAAAGGUUGGGCCUGGAUGAUCGUCCUCGCCGUGACCAUCAUCAACAUGUCGACAUUACCAAUACAGCAAUGUUUCGGUCUCAUCUUCACGGAACGUUUCCUUUCGCUCGGUAUUGCUGCCACACAAACAUCGUUAAUCCUUCAUUUAAAUGGGACAAUCACGUGCAGCCUAGGUUUGAUAAGCGGGCCAAUGAUGAGAAGAUUCACGUUUCGAAAGGUCGCCUUCGUCGGCAGUUUGACGAUCGCGGCUGGCAUCUGUAUGACAGCGUUCGCCGUUUCUGUUCCUUCCAUUAUCAUGACUUACUGUAUUGUCGUGGGUGUCGGUUACGGAAUCAUGUUUCCAGCGACCACUUUAGCAAUGAACACGUAUUUCCGGAAGAAACGAAACAUGGCGAUGGGAUGCUCGGUGACCCUCACCGGUCUUGGUCCCAUCUUAAUGCCCCUUUUGAUCACGAAGUUGCUGGAGAAUUAUGCCACCACCGGGACGCUCAUAAUCAUAUCCGGUAUUGCGAUGCAUGCGUUAAUUGGAGCAUCGUUGUUGAAACCAUUUAAAGAAACGGAAAUGUCAUGUAUUGCGAAGGACAAUGACAUCAUGGAAUCUUCCGUAGAAUGCAACGACACUGGCAUUAUGAAAGGGUCUGAAGAAUUAAAUCUCGGGGACAAGACUGACGAUAACGAUGUCGAGAGCAAACGUCAACUUUUGUGUAAAGUCCAGAAUUCUGAAACGAAAACGCCGAAGGAACUGUCCACGUCAGAUUCUACUACCGUGGACAAAACGGGAAAGAAAAAGAAGUUCCUGUCAACACUUUCCGAGCAUUUGGAUCUCGAUAUGUUGAAGGAUAGUCGCUACGUUGCAGUCAUAUUGGGAAUGGGAAUAUCCCUGGUCGCCGAAACAAACUUCAACGCAUUAAUACCAUUCAUCCUCGCUGAACUAUCGGGACUCCAAAGGUCCUCGAUCGCAACGGUGAUGUCGAUUCAGGCUGCUUCAGAUAUUAUGGGACGUCUUUGUGUUCCACUGUUGGCACAAAAGGCUGGUUGGACGUCAAGGAAUCUUUAUGUCUUGUCCUUGAUAGGGUCCACUAUUGGAAGGACUAUAUUAUCGAUUUGGGGAAGCAGUUACACUGUCGUCAUUUGUGUUGCGCUGAUCAUUGGCGUUGCAAAAGGGACGAAAGCUGUUUUCCAGGCAUUGAUAAUCCCUGACUACGUUCCACUUAAAAGACUGGCGGGUGCCUCAGGCAUGCAAAUGGUUUGCAAUGGCAUAUUGUCAAUUGCUGUAGGCCCAAUCAUAGGUGUGGUCCACGAUACAACAAACAGUUACAUAGCCGCUCUUCAUUUCACCUCGUUUUUAAGUCUUUCUUGUGUCCUGUUGUGGUACGCAGGAGGACUCUGGAGGUUAAAGAACGACACAGUGGAUCAUCCUGAAAAAGACACAGUGAAACAAUUGCCGGAAGAAGCGUACGAAUCUAGCACAUCUGUUCACAAGGAUUCAAAGGAACCAAAGAAAUUAAAAUGAUAUAAAUAAUGUAAGAAUAUAACACUCUACUUUACUGCAUUAUAACUGGGUUAAAAACAGCUUUUAGCUGCACCUUGACUUUUGAACUAACAACGUAAAUUCAUUUCAGUUCUAGUUCUUGAUUCUCUGGUUUGACUGUACAUCGUUUUGAAUAAUAAAGAUAUGUACAUAACAAUAAUAAUUUAUCAGUCUAAUACUGUAUGGUAUAUUUUUAUUUAUCAUAAUAUUUUCUUUUAUUUCAUCUGGUAUUUGUAAAGAUUAAUACAGUCAUUGGAUAAUAUUCUACGAGUUCACAGUUAUGCACUUAACUCAUCUGCACAUAUUUAAUUAACUAUGCAUUUAAUUCGUUUUUUUUUCGUUGAAUUCGUUUAUUCAUGUUUGUGUUUUCUUUGAAUCUUCUACCAAAUAGGAUGUUAUUUGAUAUAAAUGUUCAUUAUUUUUUUAUAUACCAAUACACAGGUUGUCCCAACUAAACGAAAGCUUUGAAACAUUCCUUCGGAGACGUCGCUUUGUGUAUUUAUAAUUUAAAUAAUAAGUUUACAUACGUAAAUAAUAAUAAGUUAAUUUGUUACUUUGACAAAUUUUUCAAACGAUCGCUAAAAUUUGUUGUGUUUCCAUUAUUUCAUGUAGCAUUAUUUUUCUGGGUGUUUUAAUAGUUUUAUCGUAUCUUAUUAUAUUCCGACGUAUCUGUUUUAAUUGUCCGAAAUUUACUGUUAUA